UUAAUUUUAAGAGAAAUAUGCCAAUUUUAUCAAAACCAUUAUUUGGACUUGUAAGAAAAGGUGGACAUGUUAUUUGGAAAGAAGAAAGCGCUAUUCGAUUCCCAGUACUUAAAAAAUUGCCUCCAUCCUUUGGAGGACCUAUGAUUUUCUUAUUUCUUGGUAUAAUGCCAACAAUUCUUUAUUUUAAAGCACAAAAAGAUUAUAAUCCUCUUUCCUGGUAUGCAAAAGUUUGGAAAUAUGUUGAAUUGAAGUUUGAUGGUUUAUUCCCGUCUAGUUCAACCUUUGACAAAUCUUUAACACCGGAAGAGGAACAAGAAUUACGUCGAAAACAAGAUGCAACUCCCCCAAUUUUUAAGAAGAGUGAGAAAGAAAUGGAUAGAUUAUUUAAAAAACUUGGAUUUAAUCUUUAACGGAAAAAUUGUUUUUAGGUUUAAAUUAAUUUUUAAUUGUGUUCGAAAAU